GCUCGGUCGAUAAAAAGUUAUGCGGUUAUGUCGACAAAUGUCAAUGUCAACUUAUGUUUGUUUUUACAAAUGGCGACUGUGGUGUAAUUGACGAUGCAUUUAUGAUCUCGCAUAAAACAGGUUUAUAAUCAUGGAGAAUCCAAGAAAUGUAGGUUCGCAGGUCGGAGAAUCGGACAUGGAAUGUUCAGAUAAUGAUAACGAUUGUUUUGACGAUGAUGAUUAUUACAAUGCGGUCGAUGAUAAUGAUAUUGAACAAAUUGAUCCAUGUAAACUAGACCCGGAAAACUUCAAUUACCAGUGUUUAGGUGAAGAACAAGUGGAGCGGUUACUUAACGAAAGCGUCGAAUAUUUAAGCUACAAUCUCAAAAUCACGCCUUCUUUGGCCAAGGUAUUGUUGUUGAGCCAUCAGUGGCGUGUCAAUAAAAUUAUUGAGAAAUAUCGAAAAGAUGCGUCAGACCUGUUAAUUACUUCAAGAAUUAAACCUCCAGUGACGCCACCCAGUCUGCCUGUUUCGCGAUAUAUUACGUGUCCCGUUUGCGUAAUUCCACAACCGUCUGAAAAAUUUUUCAGUUUGUCUUGUGCACAUUUGUUUUGCAAGGAUUGUUGGGUCACGCAUUUUGAAGUACAAAUAAAUCAGGGAAUAUCAACAGCCAUUAGUUGUAUGGCUCGCGAUUGUGUAGUCCUGGCACCUGAAGAUUUUGUCCUGAAGCACUUAUCUCGUCCGAAUUUACGUGAGAAAUAUCAGCAGUUCACCUUCCAAGACUAUGUCAAGUCUCACCCAGAGUUGCGUUUUUGUCCAGGCCCCAACUGUCCCAUUGUUGUACAUAGUAGUGAAAAUAAAGCUAAGCGGGCUAUUUGCUCCAACUGCAAAACUGUGUUCUGCUUCCAAUGUGGUAUGGACUAUCAUGCACCCACCGAAUGCUCCAUUAUCAAGAAGUGGUUGACAAAAUGUGCCGACGAUAGCGAAACUGCAAAUUACAUAAGUGCACAUACCAAAGACUGCCCAGAAUGCCACAUUUGCAUUGAGAAAAAUGGUGGGUGCAAUCAUAUGCAGUGUUACAAUUGUAAACACGAUUUCUGCUGGAUGUGCUUGGGCGAUUGGAAAUCGCACGGUUCGGAGUAUUAUGAGUGUUCUAGAUAUAGAGAAAAUCCGAAUAUUGCUCAUGAAUCAGUUCAUGCUCAGGUAUUAUUUAUCAGUGCAAGAGAGGCGCUGAAGAAGUACCUUCAUUAUUAUGAAAGGUGGGAGAACCACUCCAAGUCUCUCAAAUUAGAAGAGCAGACUCUGGAGAAUCUCCGCUCUAGAAUCAAUCAAAAAGUGAUGGCAGGGGUCGGGACUUGGAUAGAUUGGCAAUAUUUAUUUACUGCAGCGAGUUUACUUGCGAAAUGCCGCUACACGUUGCAAUAUACGUAUCCAUAUGCUUAUUAUAUGGAUGUAGGACCUCGAAAGGAGCUUUUUGAAUAUCAGCAAGCACAGCUGGAAGCUGAAAUUGAGAAUUUAUCGUGGAAAAUCGAACGAGCCGAAACUACCGAUCGAGGUGACCUUGAAAAUCAGAUGGAUAUUGCUGAAAAGCGACGUACAACUCUUUUGAAAGACUUUCUAGAUUUUUGAUAUACUUUUUAUUUAUUUGAUUCAUUCGAUUUUCGAGGUGUUGCCAAUAUACGCUUUGGAUAUUGCGACGGGUUUUUGUAAUUUUAAUGUUCUGUUUUGUCAUGAAAUGUUACAAUUUCAAUGUGUGUUGUACGAUUAAUGUAAAUUUUUGAAAUCUAGAUUGUAUUAAUUUAACUUACGAUCAAGAGCGUGCGCGUAAAUGGUCAACCAACUUUCACUUAUUUGAGACGCUUGUUAUGACGUGAAAUUGUCGUUCAUAAAUUAAGUAUUUUUAUAUGAUGUAUAAUAGGAAUUUCUUUCGAGAAAAAGAUGUGUAGUAAGUCACUUUGACUCAAGGUUGUUUGUCAUUUUUCCAUCUAGUUCUUCUCUUGUAUGAUAAAAGUUCUUCUAUUAUAUUUCAUUUGAUCGCAAAUAAACACUCUCAAUCCGA